GAAUAAGAACGAAUAAAUGAAUAAUUGUUAAUGAUAAUUAAUAAAAAGACUUGGAGUUUGCGCGUUAAAAGUUUCCCCAUUUGAACGUGCGCGUUACUCGGCAUCAGCACGUGGCAUCAAAGGGAAGGAUAUCAAAGGGGGUGGUAGUGUUCUUUCGAGGCAAACGGCGACGACCCUCGCACCUCGUCGUUGCUUCUGAAACGCGCGGGCGACCGGAUCGAUCGAUCAAUCGAUCGAUUUUUUUAUUUUUAUCAUUAUCCUUAUCCUUAUCCUUAUCCUCAUCCUCAUCCUUAUACUUUUUCUCUUAUACAUAUACUUUUAUUUCGUCUCGUUGUUUUUAAACAACGAUGAUGGGGGGUGGGCGAGGGGUUUAAGAAAGAAGAAAAACAAGAUAGAAUAUUUUUCGAUUUCGCGAGUGAAAGAAACAAAAAUCAACGUUACGAGAUACGAUGUUGAUUAAUAAAAGUCGAACAACAACAACUUUGAAUUAUCGCAUGAUUUACAUCGAUGUACCUAUAUACCACCAUUAUCUUUAAAGGGAAAUUUGAAGAAACAAAUCAGGUGGGAGAAAAGGGAGGAAUGGGCCCUUGGGCCUUUGGCGUCCCUCUCAUCCUUUGCUGCGCUUUGGGUCUUCUCAUUAACAUCUACGUCCUACUCGUAGUUCUUGGUCUUGGUAAACAGACGCAGCAACAACAAACAGCAAACACGUUGUUAUUGAUUCAUCUUGGUGCUGUUGAAGCUGCCGUGUGUCUGAUAUUACUGAUCUUUACUACUACACCUUGGUCAGUAGCCGGUGAUAGUUGGUGCGUAUUUCACGGCUUUCUUUUAGCCCUUUUACAUCCCGUCGCAUUAUGGACCGUCACGGGAUUGAAUUGUGAUCGAUACUACGCCAUUGCUGCCCCAUUGCAUUACACCGCAUUGGUAUCACCUAAACGAGUAAUUGUCGGUUUGGCAGCUUCCUGGACGGGUGCUAUUCUUUUGUGUUUACCACCAUUCUCCGGAUUGGUACCACCUUACAGGUACAGUCCAGGAUUAGGUUGUUGCGCGCCAGAUUUUGGAAACGGAAGUUGGGGUACCGCGGCUGCACUUUACGGUGCGAUUUACGCGAUUUUAGGUUUGGCAUUACCGGCAAUUCUCGUGACGGUAUGCAAUUUGCGAGUCCUGGGUAUAGCCCGUUAUCAUCGACAUCGUAUCGCUAGUGCAAUUUACGAAGUCACUUUAAGCGCCCAAGUGACCAUCACCCAUCAGCGAAAUCCAUUUUUCGUGCCCACUGUUACGGCACCCUCGGCUGGUGGCCCUCCUCGUUUUCACAGUGCUGCCAGCACGGUUAUGCAACUAGUCGGUUCACUAUAUUUGCUGUAUUUUCCCUAUUGCGGAUUUAUACUUUGGGAAUCUUGCGGAGCCGGUAAUCAAAAUCGAGUACAGGCUCAUCCUCGUUUAGCCUCGUUGGCAUCUGUUCUUCUUGCCUGUUCUCCGCCCAUUAAUGGUCUCCUAUAUGGUCUCAAAUCACAGACUCUGAAACGAUCCGUACAAAAUUAUUGGCGAAAAAAGGCGACCAAGUCAGAGUUGCAACAGGAGAUUCAAGCAAGAACACCGAGCGUUGCAGGUUCGAGAAGACCAUCGGGAAGUGGAACCGGUUCGUUAUUUCCAUUUCCCCCAUUGCAACGACGAUUGAGCGAAGCAUUGUUAGCAAUUGGUAACUGCAGAUCGGGAAAUAGCAUCGAACAAGGGAAUAUUCAUUUUCAUCGUACGAGAUUACAACCAGCAGCAUCGUGUAACACGCUUAGAGUACCGUCGAUGGAAUCAGGUGAAAGUGGAAAAUUGGUGAGGUCCAGCGCUAGCGCGGCGAGUUUAAUGGGACCCCAUUAUCGUGGCGAUUUUACGGGAAACGAAAUUGGAACUAACCGUUCCAUGUCUACGAACGAAACACCCAGACGUAGUCCAAGAAUUUUAAUAACGCGUGCAUGCAGUGAGGAAAGCCAAGACGGUGGGAGCCCACUUCGGAAAUCUUACUUUCCUAACUCGGCCCAUCCAUCCUGUGAAAAACGUAGAUGGAGAUACUGUAGUACCGGAAGCGAUAGUAGUACAGGAAGUAGCGAAACUAAUGUUUGGACGACUGGGGUGGCACAAAAAAUGGGAAAAAAUAAUGUCAAAAACAUGGCGGACGUUUGGCCAGCCAGUCGACGAUUAAUACGCGUUAAAACGUUAGAAGAGGAUUCUCUUUCGAUUGGUAUAAGGCCUAGCAACAACAGCGAGAGCAGCGACACAACUGAUACAACAGCCACGACAACGACGACAACUUUACCGAUCAAGACGCGAACUCUCGAGGAGGAUGAUGAAGAAAUCGUUGCGAGGAGUAGGAAAGAAUCGAAAAAAAAAGGGGAAAGGAGAGAUCAAAGCGAAAGUGAAAACAGUUGGAGCAGCGUUGAAGAAAUCGAAAUGAAAGAAGUGGUAGAGAAGAAAAAAAAAGGAAAGGGAAAAGGAAUGGAAGAAGAAGAAGAAGAAGAAGAAGUGGGAGAGGAAGGGGAAAAUGGUGAAGAGGAUAAAAGUGAAAAGUUAAAAACGUCUCGUAGAAAGAGAAGAAUAACGCAUCAUUCCGUGGAUUCCGAAGAUCGAGAUGAUUCAACCCAACUUAGGCCACUUUUGACUCCCACCUAUUAAAUUCUUGCAUCGAAAUCGAGUUUUGUUUUUCCUCCAAUAGGAUUUCUUCGAAAAUUUGAAACCCAUAAUAUCGAAUACCGGAUAUUGGAUAUCGGUAAACGAUAAAUUAAUGAAGAUCAGAAAAAUCGUAACUGAAACCAAUGUGUGUACCCAGUAUGAAGUUAAUAAUACGUUCAACCGUUUAUUCGCACCCACGUACGUGGUCAACGCGUUAACAAUAGUUUAUUUUGACUCGUUUACUCUGCCCUAACAUAACCUAGAAAAAAUUCGAUCUUAUACUGCAUCUACGUAAUCGGUUAAAAUCCGGUUUAUAAUUAAAUUAGAAAAUAAUGAACUAAUUGUUAAGUUGUUUAUUCGAAAGUCCAUUUUUGUGUUUAAUGAAACAUUCCUAAUUAAAUUAUAAGUCAUAUCUCUUUUGUAAAGUAUAAUUAAAAGAUGAUAAUGAUGAUGAUGAUGGAUAAUAAUAAUAAUAGUAUUGGGAUUAAAUAGCAUUGGAAGAAAAAAAAUCGACUUUCGAUUAAGAAAAAAAAAAAAAAAAAAAACUACCUCCGACCUAUUACGUAAUAACGCUUCGCGUAUCCCACCCGGAAAGAAUAAAUAUUUUUUCAAAUAUUCGUUCUGCGACACAAACUUUUUCUUGGCAACAUCAAAGCAAGACGACUGAUAUUCCGAUGGCCUCGAUUAUUUUCUCGAUCGAAAAAUGAAAAAUCGAUACUAACGAACUAAACUGAACCGAUCUCUCUGUGACCUCAUACCGAAAAUGGACAAAAAAAAAAGGGAGAACCCACCCCCUUUUAGGUAUUCGAGAGAAACCAACAACAACACAUAGUUCCUACAAAUCGCGAAUUAAUUCGUUGCAAGAGACAAACGAAAAAAUACAAAGAAAGAAAAAAAAAAAAAAAAGAAACAAUCGUUAAUCGAUCAUUCGACCAUUUUAGUUUCCAUUUUUAUUUUAUUUCUUUGCUUUUCUAUUUUUUUUUUUUUUUUUUCUCUCUUUUUCUUCUUAACGACGCUACGCCAAUAUACAAUAUUUCGAUUAAACGAUACAAUUAAUUGUAAAAUAUACAAAAUCAUUUUGAUUAAUUUAAGAUUUAUAGAUAUACGUAUAGAGACGCGUUUAUUGCUAUUAAAUAAAUGUUUAAUAGCGAAAAUCUUUCCUUCCAUGUAAAUUAAUUCGAAUUUAACUCGAAUGGAUAAGACUAUAUAGAUGAAAGAAAAUCAUUGAACAAAGGUGUAAUAGAAUAUAAACGUAGGAAAAUAAAUUCUAUUUCUAUCGAUGAAUUAGAUCAAAUGAGUCUCAUUUUUAGGCAUUUUGUUCGUAUUACAAAGUAUGAUCGAUGUUAAAGAUAAUCGUAUGGCACAAGGUCAAACGAUUCUCCUAUCGCGUGCUAUUAGUCCUUUAAUAAUCUUCUAAUGACACCUAAUAUGCAUACAUAUAUGUAUCGAGGGUGUAUCCGGAUGGGUGGUACAACCAUUUUUGCAUGCUAAAAUAUAUAAAUCGAACAAUAAAGAUUCUUUAAGACGUUUUCUUCAACAAUUUCUUUUUUUUUCCUUUUUUUAUCCAUUUGUUUGGAGAGAAAAUCGUGCGUUGAAAAUUUGAUGAUGUACUAUUAAUUAUAUCUACAAUUACUCAAAUAACAAAUUCAAUGUGAUUAAUCUAAUGUAAUUUCUUCCAUGUUUCUAACAAAGAAUCAACUCCCUCGAAUGUGGGGGAAAGGAAAAUUAAUUUGAUCACCCCUCCGGAUGGUAUAUAUGCAAUCGUGAAUAAUGUAAACCUAUUGUUAUAAUGGCUUCUAAAAAGAAUUGUUUCACGUUAGAAUUUUAAUUAACAAUUAAGCCUCCCCUCCCCUCUCCAACCCCCAACUCCCGUUUAAUCAUUAGCGAACGAUGACUUUAGAAUAAAACAUAAUUAAAUUGAGAAUUGAAACAAUUAACGCGGCGGCGUCAAUCAUCAUGUUUUUUAUUUUUAACAUCAAAUCCGAUAUAAUUAAUAUAUAAUAUAUGUGUAUGUGUGUGUGUGUGUGUGUA